GAAGCACAAUAUUUCUUGACGGAUAAAUGAUCAUUUUCGCCACGUCAUGCAAAUCGAAACGACCAUGUUACUGGUGGUGACCGCAGCGGCGGUGAUGACGAUAUCGCUACCGUUGCUGCUGCCGGUGACCGGGAUCGGGCUGCCGGUGUCCCGCUUGACGUACAUCGUUAGCGGGGCGCACCUAGAGUGGACGAGGCCUGGCGAUCGAUUGCGGGCCACCGAGUCGGGCGAGUACGUGGCCCGCAACGUGGCACCCGCCCGGAUGGCGAUGAGACACGACGGCGUCAUCUACCUGGCCAUGCCCAGGCUCAAGCGAGGCGUACCGUUCACGCUCGGCGCCGUCGAGUACGACCCGUGCGUAAGCACCAUCGAGCCGCCCGUUUCGCCGUACCCGUGCGCGGCCGCCCACCGGAAUGCCGCGCGGCCCGGCUCCGGUAACGGUAACUGGACCAUGGUCAACGUGGUGGACGUGCACUUGGACGACGGAGGCGUGCUGUGGGCGCUGGACAUCGGUAUGGUCAACCUGCUCGAGGACGGAGGGGCAGUCGUCAUCCGGCCGCCGAUGGUGUUUGCAUUCGACACAGACACCAAUGAUAUAGUGCGGGCCAUCGACUUGUCGCGCGCGACCACGGCGGCCAGCUUCCUGCAAUCGAUCGUGGUCGACCACAGCACGACCGCGGGCCAGUUCGUGUACGUGUCGGACGCCGGCCUGGGCAACGUGAUCGUUUACAACGUGGCCUGCGACAGUUCUUUCAAGGUGCAUGUGCCGGUCGGACCGUGCGGCCGGCGGGACGUCAUGUACAUGGCACCAAUCCAGGCCGACGUGUUGGACAUGGCCGCGGGCCGCGGGACGGCCCGCUACCGACGACUCUACGUCACGUACCUGUCGUCGUGCGACAUGAUAUACAUCCCGGUGCACGUCGUUGACGAGACGACGGUCGGUCUGCCGACCGUCAACAUAGGUCGGAAGCCGUGCAAGAUGAUCGUGCUGGGCACCGACCGCGGGUCCGUCAUCUACUUCCGGACCGGCAGCGACACCGGCGAAAUUCUCAGCUGGGACGUCAACAAGCAGUUCCGGCACGAAAACUUUAGGUCCGUGCAGCGCGGUCGAAGGUCCAGGAUACCGUUGAUGGUGACCGUGGGUUUCCAGGGUUACCAGUGGUCAAUGGAGAGCAAUUAUGUCGACUUCCUGAUCGGCGACAUCGGGUGUCUGGGCGUCAGCACAAGAAUCGAACCGCUGCAGAUCCGCGACGAAUACCCCGACGACCCGUGUUCAAAUACAGUACCGAUGCGAUGCGGCCAGGGCCCUGCGACGGCGGCGGUGGAGAAAAUCGGACCGAGCAGGAAAAAAUUAAAAGAAAGGAGUGAGACUAUUGGCGUCAACAAGAGACCCACCUCGGCAACAGCUGUCGGGCAGGCACCGUAGACACUUGGAUGCAGACGUCGCCGCCUGGGUCGCCGAUCAUGGCGUUGGAGGCGAUAUGAUAUUUCACCGGAAAACAUUUUUUUUGACCGGAAAGGCACAUAAUAAUACUAUCAUUUUGUAGAGUGCAUUAUGGUAUCCAAGUACUAUGGUUCUUCGUAUUCCGAGAAUUUUUUCGCGUACUCAAUUUCAUCGUAUAUAAAUAUUAUAACGAUGUCGUGAUUCGUUGAUUGUUACGCACUACGCAUCAAUUAUUGUUUGUUUUUUUGUGUUUUUUUGUGUUUCAUUAUUAUUAUUAUUAUUAUCGUCUUUUAAAGUAUAUUAUUUAUAUACCUAAUAAUAGUAUAGAUAAUAAUUAGUUGAGAUAUGUUUAUAUACUUAUUAUUAUUAAUAUUUUAUUUUUUUAUCGGCUUCGACGACUGAUGUCAUUAGCAUGUAAGGUUAGUAGGGUUAGUACGGUAAGUUCGGAACGGUUGGUACGUUUUGAAACACGUGUAUGUGUAUGACAAGGUUUUUGCGCACUACUAACCUAGGUGGUCACCCAUCCGGGAACUAGUUGCAGCGGCCGUUACUUACUCUCAGUCACGUGACGAGACUGAUUGCAGCCGCCGAGCCAAGCCAUAUUAUUAAUAUUAUUCAGAUAGUUUAUGCACCAGGCACCUAUACAUAAUUUUAAGCAUACUCCCAUUUUUCGUGUAUA